AUGUCUGUGACACCUUGGAUUUGCUCGCGAUGCCUGCGCAGCCUUGCACGGCCUAUCAAGGGCCAGUUGCGGCUGCGCAGGCGGUAUCAAAGUACAGCAGCAGCCUCAACAGCGAACGAUAAUUUAUCCUCAGCACUUCUCUCGAGAGCGCGAAAUGUUGCUUCAGAACAUGCGACUCUUACACAAAAGCUUGCUACCGAUUUCGAUGCCUCGGCCGCCAAAAGGUUAGGAGAGCUUACACGGACAGCCAAUGCAAUCCAGGAAUACGACAAGGCCAAAUCGGCGCUUGAGGAAUUGCACGGCUUACUCAAGUCUUCCGAUCUGGAGCUGAAAGAGUUGGCGGAGGAAGACAUACAGCCGACGCAGGAGAAGAUACAGCAGGCUUCCGCAGCGCUCAAGCACAGUCUGAUACCUGUGCAUCCUUUUGCCCAUCUGCCAUGUCUGAUCGAGAUUAGGCCAGGCGCUGGUGGUGAUGAAGCCGCAUUGUUUGCAGGCGAUCUAUUGCGGAUGUACACGAACUACUGUGCUCGGAACGAGCUGAAUACAACUUUGCUCAAGCUUGAAACAGCCGACUACUCUGCCGCCGGCGGAACGAGCUCCAGCGGAAGUACGCACGUCCAAGAAGCGGUGCUGGAAGUGCAUACUCCUGGAGCAUAUGGCAUUCUACGAUGCGAGGCAGGUGUGCAUCGCGUGCAGCGGGUACCAGCAACGGAAAAGCAAGGUCGCACGCACACGUCCGCUGCGAGCGUAUUGGUAUUGCCGUCGCUAGGAGAGGACCCGGGUGGAGACAUGGGCGAGGACAGCUUCAACGAUCCCAAGAGCGAUUACUACGUGGACCCAAAAGAAGUGAGAAUGGAUGUCAUGCGUGCCAGCGGAGCUGGCGGGCAGCACGUCAAUAAGACCGAAUCAGCCGUGAGACUCACGCACGAGCCGUCCGGAAUCGUGGUUGCGAUUCAGGAGACUCGAAGUCAAAUCAAAAAUAGAGAGAAAGCGUGGCGGCUACUGCGAAGUCGCAUCGCACAGAUUCGACGGGAAGAGCGCGAAGCAGAGCUAGUCCGACUGCGACGAGGCGCUGGUGCUGGCAAGGUUGGGAGGGAGAAUAAAGUACGGACAUACAACUGGGGCCAGCAACGUGUGAGCGACCAUCGAAGCGGAAUCGACUCCCGGCAUCUUGACGAUGUUAUCGAAGGUGGCGAAGCCUUGGAGACCGUCAUGGACAGUGUUCGGGCGUGGAUGACCGAAGAGGAAGUUCUCGGGCUGAUAGCAGAAGAGGAGGCCAGUAUGAAGAGCAAGACGAAUUGA